AUGCCUCGAAUCAAAAAGGGGCCAGAAAUCAACACUGUCACGUAUAGCCAGAAUUAUGGAAAGGGGAGGGACAGUGCCAAGUUGCAAGCUAUCCACGUACAAUCCGGGAUCAAGUCUGGAAAGCAUCAAAAGCUUGGUCUGAACGAUCGUCUCUUCACUGCUAGAUCAGGGUUGCUUUACACAAUGUCGAAGCUCACCUCAACCCCGGUUCUAGGCAGGAUGUUUUUGCUUCGUUAUCUCUCUCCUGGUAAGAACGAGAAAGAGCACUAG